ACACCGGCCCGCUCCAGCCACCGCGCAUCCUUGUCCCGCGCCCGGCACUGCGCUCCGCUCUCUGCUCCGCUCCGCUCCCUGCUCCGCUCCGCGCCGGGCGCGCCCUGCUCCCCGGCUCCCCUUACGGAGGGCGGCGCGGCCAUGAGACUGCGGGGACCUGGUCCCCGGGAUGCCCCCGCCUCCAGCGCGGGGGCCGUCGACGCGCGGCGGCUGGCGCCCCCGGGGCGGAACCCCUUCGUGCACGAGCUGCGCCUCGGCGCCCUGCAGAAGGCCCAGAUUGCAGUCAUGACGCUGACGCUCUUCCCCAUCCGGCUGCUGCUUGCUGCCUUCAUGAUGCUGCUCGCCUGGCCCUUCGCGCUCAUCGCUUCCCUGGGACCCGCAGAGAGGGACCCGGAGCAGCCCCUGGCCCUGUGGCGGAAAGUCGUGGACUUCCUGCUCAAGGCCGUCAUGCGCACCAUGUGGUUCAUCGGCGGCUUCCACCGGGUGGCCGUGAAGGGACAGCAGGCCCUGCCCACCGAGGCGGCCAUCCUCACCCUGGCACCACACUCCUCCUACUUCGACGCCAUUCCCGUCACCAUGACCAUGUCCUCCAUCGUGAUGAAGGCCGAGAGCAGAGACAUUCCCAUAUGGGGAACUCUGAUAAAGUACAUACGGCCGGUCUUCGUGUCCCGGUCUGACCAGGACUCCCGCAGGAGGACCGUGGAGGAGAUCAGGAGGCGGGUGCAGUCGAAGGGCAAGUGGCCGCAGAUAAUGAUUUUUCCAGAGGGAACUUGUACCAACAGGACCUGCCUAAUUACCUUCAAACCUGGUGCCUUUAUCCCGGGAGUCCCUGUCCAGCCCGUGGUUUUGCGGUACCCGAAUCAACUGGACACCAUCACGUGGACGUGGCAAGGCCCUGGAGCGUUGGAAAUCCUGUGGCUUACCCUGUGUCAGCUUCACAAUCGAAUUGAAAUUGAGUUCCUCCCAGUGUACAGCCCUUCGGAGGAGGAGAGGAAGGACCCUGCCCUGUACGCCAGCAACGUGCGCCGCGUCAUGGCCGAGGCCCUGGGCGUCUCCGUGACCGACUACACCUUCGAGGACUGCCAGCUGGCCCUGGCAGAAGGGCAGCUCCGUCUCCCUGCAGACACCUGUCUUCUAGAAUUUGCCAGGCUGGUGAGGGGACUGGGCCUGAAACCAGAAAAACUUGAAAAAGAUCUGGGCAGAUACGCAGAAAGUGCCCGGAUGAAGAGGGGAGGGAAGAUCGACGUCUCCGAGUUUGCCGCGUACCUGGAGGUCCCCGUCUCGGACACGCUGGCUGACAUGUUUUCCCUGUUUGAUGAGAGUGGGUGCGGCGCAAUGGACCCGAGGGAGUACGUGGUCGCCUUGUCCGUGGUCUGCCGGCCGGCCCAAACCCUGGACACCAUGCAGCUGGCGUUCAAGAUGUACGGGUCUCAGGAGGACGGUAGCAUAGACGAGGACGCCCUGUCCAGCAUCCUCAAGACAGCCUUAGGGGUGGCGGAGCUCACUGUGACCGACCUCUUUCGGGCAAUCGACCAGGAGGAGAAGGGGAGGAUCACAUUUGCCGACUUCAACAGGUUUGUGGAAAUGGACCCAGACUUCGCAGAGGAGUAUCUGUACCCCAACCAGCCGCCUUUCGAGAGCUGUGCACAGACACCCCCUGCUCCUACCCCCAACGGCUUCUGUGCUGACUUCAGCCCUGAGAACUUGGAUGCUGGGAAGAAGCCCGGGCAUAAGAAACUGGACUAGGACAGAAGGUGCUGAAGACACGAGGCUGCUCCCUGGCGGUCACUGCCCUGCCUCCACGCGGCUGCGAGCCCAUCUGCUGUGACCACCUCCGGGUUCCACUCUCCACAUAGGCUGCACGUUUACUGUCUGCAGGCCCGCCUUCCAGGGGCUGGGUUUGUUUUCAUGCUGCUUCUCUGUGAGGCACUAGCCUGUGGGGCGCCUGUGGGGCACCUGGACGGAAAACCUCAUGCCCACAGCGCCUGGUCUCCUCACAGCGAGACUGCGUGGGGGUGCCCUGGGCCUCACGGCCUGGCUCCGGGGUCUCCCUGCCAGGCAGGUCCUCGGGGGGCUGGGUGGAAAUCAGGCAUGGCUGUUUCCGCCCGUGGUGCCCCGGUUUUGGGUUUCCAUCUCCCUCUUUCCACACUGCCCCCUGUGGUCAGCGGGAGGCCGCACACACAGGCCGGCGGCCUCCGCGCACACUCGGAAGGUGGGACGCGUGGCACGUGUUUCGGUUCCAGCACAAACCCUCUGCCGACCUCUGGGGUCACAGUGUGGCCGACCCGCCAUCUGGUUUUUAAACAUUUCUAUAUUUGUGGGAGUUCAUGAGUAUUUUAUAAACUUCAUUUAGAUACUUCAGGAGACACUUAGCAUUUUUUUAAAGAAAAAUUGUUUUUCUACUUCAUUUUCUUUUGAGGGUCAGAGGAUAUUUAUUUAUAGGCCUUUUUUUUUGAUAGAAUCUGAGGCUGUUUGUGUCUUUGACAUCACUUUCUCUCUGACCUUUCUCGACCAGGUCGGUUUCUCUCCUGUUUGGGCCACCACGAGCAAGCACCAGCCCAGAACUGCUAUUUCCAAUCCUUAAUCCUUUUUAGGCCCCAUCUUUUUUUACAAAUGUUAAUUUCUGUUGUAAUACGAGGUCAUCUACUUCAUCGUAGCGUCCACCGCAGCAGAAGCAUUGAACGUGGGUGGCGCAAGUGAGGACAGAGGACUGGUCCCCGUCAUUUGUGGUGUGUGGGGCCGUGCACCUGGAGCCGACGGCAGCCCUGGGGCAGAUGGGCGGGCCCUGCUCCUAGGGACCAUCUCCCCUUUUGCUCUGGCUCCAUGGUGAGCAGGAUGAAGGAGCCGCCCUACAGGCAAAUGAACUGUGUGGACAGAAACAGUAUGGAGAGUAGUGGGAUCAGGUGACAGCCAGCAGAUGUCCCUCCUGUCAGGGUGACAGGGGUGGCAUUGGUUCUGACAGAGAAGAGCUCAGGUCCCUCAGAACUUGGGUCAGGUGAGGAGAGGUGCUUCCUGGUGCAGGAAGGGGGAUGCAGCGGUGUUGCCUCUGCUGUUCCUGAAAUCGCUGUGGUUCGUCUCCUUAGGCCGCGACUGGGACCUGUCCUUAAAGCACAGUCAUGACCACAGACUCCAGUCUGUGCCCUGAAGCAAAGCCUCUGGGUUCCUUUGGGGAAAUCAUUUUUUGUUUUAAUUUCUAAAAUGAAUGUUAUAUUAGGGGCCUGAAAGUGACCACCAGGGCCAGAAGCACAGGGAAAAUGUUUACUAACUUCCUGAGGCACGACGUGCGUGUCUGCCGCUAGACGUCAGGACACCCCUGGCCUCCAGCCAGCGGCCCCUCCACCUUGUUUCAGCUGCUCACUGCCAGCCAGGACGCACACAGGGCCGGGGUGGGCUGAGGCCCGUUCUGGGUGCUCGGCUUGUCAGACAUCUCAGACGCAGCCUUGGUAGCUGAUGGUGAUUGAUUUUCUAAUCCUAAAAUGCAUAAAGGUUCAUUUUUAAAAGAGGAAAACCUACCCGUGACCAAUGAAGGAGGUGAAUAAACUAAGAUAUUCUGAGGGAAGGGGCCCAAGCCUGCGGCCUCCUUCCUUCAUGUCUGUGGAUGAAGGGUUUUUGGAAUGAAAUGCCUCUGGGCAUUUUCAGGAAAAAAAUCUCUGAGAAGCAGACUUUGAAUGGAUGUUUGCGCCUCCUGAUCCCCUUUCUCUGCCAUAGUGAUUGAAUGGCAUUCAGAACUGUGAGUGUACAUAGUGUCAGAACCUAAUCCCUUCGGUGUGAGACAAGGACGGAGCGGCGAGUGCGCCCCCGGCCCCGCUGCCUGUGGGGGCCCUGCUGGGUCGCAGGGGCCCUGCUGCAAAGGGUGCCAUGUAAAGAACUUCGGAUUUUCAGUGGAGUGAAUAAAACAAAGUCCUAUGUACUUGAAGA